CCAGCCUGCCUCUGCUCGUGCCUCCGUCAUGUGGGCAUUCAGUAAAUGCGGGAGGGGGGCGUGCGCGCCUGUGUGUGUGUGUGUGUGUGUGUUUAAGCAGAAUCCGCGGAGAUUUAACAGCUCUGUCCAGCUGUGCGCUUCUAACUCAACAUCCGCCAUGUUGUUAAGGGGGCUGAGGACACACACACACACACACACACACACAGUGGGUCGAGUGUGAGAGCAGCAGCUGAACGGACCACGACUCUCCUCUAAUGUGUGAGCUGAGCGGGGACUGACGCUGAGCGCCGGGCUGCGGAGUGUGUGAGAGUUCAGCAGCAGCGUUGUGUGUGUGUAAGAGAGAGAGUGUGUGUGAGGAGAUGAAGCGACCUCGACUCUGAAAUGAACUUGGAGGAGACUUUACUGUGAAGGACGAGGGAAGGGUCUGUGCUCCUGAAAGGUGUUGCUAUGGGCUGUGUUGAGAGUAAGCAGGAUAAAGCUGCACCUCAGAAGACAGACAGCUCAUCUUCUGCAGCCCAGUCUGCUGCCGACGCACAGGGGCAUUAUGGACCUGAGCCGACACACCCCCUUCAAAACCAAACCCCACACACCACCACACCCUGCGCUUCACACAGCGGCACACACACCAGCACACUUAUGCCUUUUGGUGGUACAGCAGAUAUAACACCUUUUGGAGGUAUUUCAUACACUACAACUGGAAGCACCGCGUUUCCUGGGAGUGUAACAGGUGGAGUAACUUUUUUUGUUGCACUCUAUGAUUAUGAAGCCAGAACUACAGAUGAUCUAUCAUUCAAGAAAGGAGAGCGUUUUCAGAUCAUUAACAAUACUGAAGGAGACUGGUGGGAAGCGUGUUCCCUAAGUUCAGGUUUACAGGGCUACAUCCCCAGCAACUAUGUGGCUCCAGCAGACUCUAUUCAGGCUGAAGAGUGGUACUUUGGUAAGAUGGGCCGUAAAGACGCAGAAAGACUGCUUCUCCAGCCCGGCAUCCAGAGAGGCAUGUUUCUGAUGAGGGAGAGUGAGACCACUAAAGGUGCGUUCUCUUUAUCUAUCCGUGACUGGGAGGAGGAUAAGGGAGAGAAUGUGAAACACUAUAAAGUACGGACGCUGGACAGCGGAGGAUAUUACAUCACCACACGUGCUCAGUUCAGCACACUCCAAAGCCUUAUCAAACACUACACGGCCCACGCAGAUGGUCUGUGUCACAGAUUAACAGGAGUGUGUCCGACAGUGCGACCACACACACAGGGUUUGGCCAAAGAUGCAUGGGAGAUAUCCAGGGACUCACUCUCUCUGGAGGUAAAACUGGGCCAGGGCUGCUUUGGUGAAGUUUGGAUGGGCACAUGGAAGAGCAGUACUAAAGUAGCGGUGAAGACCCUGAAGCCGGGCACCAUGUCUCCAGAAGCUUUCCUGCAGGAGGCCCAAAUCAUGAAGAAGCUCCGUCAUGACAAACUGGUGCAGCUCUACGCUGUUGUGUCCCAGGAACCCAUCUACAUAGUGACAGAGUUCAUGAGCAAAGGCAGUCUUCUGGACUUCCUUAAAGAAGGGGAAGGGAAAGUCUUAAAGCUUCCCCAGCUGGUGGACAUGGCAGCACAGAUCUCUGAUGGGAUGGCGUUUAUCGAGAGGAUGAACUAUAUCCACAGGGACCUGCGGGCAGCCAACAUCCUAGUCACCGAUAACAUGGUGUGUAAGAUUGCUGACUUCGGCUUGGCCAGACUCAUCGAGGACAACGAGUACACGGCCAGACAGGGUGCUAAAUUCCCAAUUAAAUGGACGGCUCCUGAGGCUGCGCUCUACGGCAAAUUCAGCAUUAAGUCUGAUGUGUGGUCCUUUGGUAUUCUGCUCACUGAACUCGUCACCAAGGGUAGAGUCCCUUACCCAGGUAUGGUGAACAGAGAGGUGUUGGAGCAGGUGGAUCGCGGGUAUCGUAUGCCGUGUCCUCCGGCCUGUCCAGCGUCUCUGCAUGAGCUGAUGCUGCAAUGUUGGAGGAGAGAGCCAGACGAGAGGCCAACAUUUGACUACAUAAAGGGCUUUUUAGAGGACUACUUUACUGCCACAGAGCCACAGUACCAGCCUGAAGAGGAGCUUUAAAACUUAAAGCACAAAUGCUUCACUUAGGGGUCAUUUAUUCAAUUUACACUCAAAUGCAUUUCAACAUAUUUUUUCCCUGUAGAAUCUGAAACAGGUAAACACUACCACUGACAACAAUUUCAGUGCAUCUCCCUGUAUUUAAAUAGUAACAAAAACAUGCUGACUCAAGACUCACUUACAUUGCAAGCCAAUAGGCAGUUGUUGAAUUCUGUUAGCGAUCACUUAUAUAAAAUAAGGAUGUAAAUAUAUGUAACUCUUUCAGAGAUGGGGAUAGUUUUACAGAUGGAAGAAUUUCUGGAAAAAUGUUUGCGGAAAAGUUUUUACAGGCCCCUAACACGAUUCUGUAUGAAUUUUAGAGAUCUUGUGGGUGAAAAAAAGUAUAACCAGAACUACAUUUUGUGUGGUCGCUUUACAAAGUUGGAAUGGAUCCCAAAGAAGAAACUUGAGAUCUCUUAAGAUCUAA